CUCUUUCAUUGGCAUUCAGUACAAUACGACAGAUAUAACCCAGCCGUCAAGUUAACUUUUGCAGUAUCACAGGGCGGAAGGAAUAUUUUCUGAACCCUCAUGUCAUUUCGUCCAGGAACUAACUUUGCCCACCUUUUAGCAGAAGAUAUUUUUCUCAUCAACCUGUAAAACUCUGCACAUCAUCAUGGCUGAGGAGGAACUUAUGUUUAGUAUGGAAGAGGUGGGGGGCAGCCUGAAACGUUCUGGCCAGAGGACGGUGUCCGUUGGUGAAUCCAAUGCAAGUGAUGAUGACGACGAUGACCUCUACCUGUGCCCAAUUACUGACGACCCUAUUAGUCCCACCAAAGAAAUCUGCGAUUACUUACAAAACCUUGUGCACACCAAGCAGCUGUCAAAUUCACUCCCAAAGAAUGCUUUCGCGUAUAAGAACAAAAAUGAGAGAGAGCCAGAGGAACGAUCGGUCAGGUUUGGCUCUUUAACUGAGAAGGGUCGGGCCACAUGGAAACAUGCUAUUGAGAAAGCCAGGUCCAUGCCAGACCCCUGGGCUGAGUUCCACUUGGAGGACAUUGAAACAGAGCCCUGCAUUCGUUUCAGGUAUAAUGCCAUCAGUGGUGAAUGGGUAAAAGACAAAAUCUUCAUUAAAAUGUCUGCCCAGCCCUUCGGAAAAGGAGCCAUGAGAGAAUGUUACAGAACGAAGAAACUGUCAAAUUUCUCUCACAGUAGCAACUGGAAAUCUGCAUCCAACUAUGUGGCGAAGCGUUACAUGGAGACGGUAGACAGAGAUGUGUACUUUGAAGAUGUGAGGUUACAGAUGGAGGCUAAACUGUGGGGGGAGGAAUACAAUCGACAUCGCCCCCCCAAACAGGUGGACAUUAUGCAGAUGUGCGUCAUCGAGAUGUCAAACCGACCAGGAAAACCUCUCUUUCACUUGGAGCACUAUAUUGAAGGAAAGUACAUCAAAUACAACUCAAAUUCUGGUUUUGUGAGAGAUGAAAACAUACGCCUUACGCCACAGGCAUUCAGCCACUUCACAUUCGAACGUUCCGGACACCAGCUGAUAGUGGUCGAUAUUCAGGGUGUGGGGGACCUCUACACAGACCCUCAGAUCCAUACAGAUAAAGGCACUGACUUUGGAGAUGGCAACUUGGGUGUUCGUGGCAUGGCCUUGUUCUUCCACUCCCAUCUUUGUAAUAAGAUUUGUAAGAGCAUGGGCCUCACACCGUUUGAUGUGUCCCCUGCGGAGUUGAACCAGCUGGACUGUACCAGCAAACUACUGCAGUCCGCCCAGACAGUACUCCGGGGUUGCGAGGAGCAAUGUGGUUCUCCACGCGUGCGGACGACGUCGUUUAACCGCGCGCCUCCUCUCUUCUCCCGCCUCUCAGAGACCUCCUCCGUGGACGAGAACAUGAGCGACUCAGACUCCAUCCCAUGUUCUCCUCUGGGCAUGGGCAUGUCUAUGGGGAGAUCACCUCUAGGUGUGUCCUUCAUGAAUGAAAUGAAUGAAAAUAUUAGAAACAACUCUGAACAUAAGGACUCUGAGAACGGUGGAGACAGUGGUUAUCCCAGUGAGAGACGCAGUGAAGGAGACCCUGGCGAACAUGCUGACAGGGCUCGUCCCUACUACAACAGACUUUUGUCCGAAUCAGAUGACGACAGUGCUCGUCGGAUGACGGAGGAAAAAUGGAGUUUCUUUCACACGUCCCGCGCCCACAUACACAGACCCUCCUGUGUUGCUUUUGAAGUGGAACGACUGAAUGCUCUGGAGCUAGAGAGGAAGAUUGGGAAAUCUAAUUUGGGAAAGGUUCACCUUGCCAUGGUGCGGUACCACGAGGCAGGUCGUUUUUGUGAGAAAGACCAGCCAUGGGACCAGGACUCUGCCUUGUAUCACCUGGAGCGUGCAGCCAUGUGUGGGGAGUUGGAGGCCAUCGUGGCCCUUGGCCAAUGUUACCUCCAGCUACCCCAUCACAUUCUACCUGAAAUGGAACUGGAGGACAGUGACGAAAAUAGAAAGAAAGGCUUUGAUUUUCUGCUGAAAGCGGCUGAGGCUGGAGACAGGCCCAGCAUGAUUCUGGUGGCUAGAGCAUUCGACACUGGUGUCAACCUCCCACCAAACAGGACUCAGAACUGGAAGGAGGCAGUACGAUGGUACGACUGCGCCCUUAACAUGACGGACUAUGACGAGGGGGGGGAGUUUGACGGUAUGCAAGAUGAACCCCGCUACCUCCUGCUGGCCAGGGAAGCCGAAAUGUACCAGGAAGGAGGCUUCAGCCUCACUGCAGAUCCCCAGAGAGCAGGUGAUUUGUUCACUGAAGCUGCUGAUGCAGCCAUGGAGGCCAUGAAGGGCAGACUUGCCAAUCAAUACUACAUGAAGGCAGAGGAAGCAUGGGGAAUGAUGGAGGAGUAAAGGAGAUUCGUUUUUUUCUGCUUGCGAGACUGUUCCAAUUUUGCAUUCAGACUCCCUUUAUUAUUGUUUACAUGUUACUUUACCAUGCCAUUUCAAUGUUGUGAUGUCUUUUAAGCAUUUUAAGCAGCUGUGAGAAUUUUAAGCGCAGAGCAGCUUACGUGAAAGUAUGGGAUGCGUGAUGUAUGUGUUCGGCUUGAAGUGACUGUUUAUGCUUGUGUAUUUCCUCAUUUCUUCCCCCUGAGUUUUUCCUUCCAGAAUAAUACUUCAAAUGAAUCAUUUUCUCGAAAUAAAAUGCCGUUAACUGGCGAUGUAACUACAAGUAUUUGUAAUUGGUCUAAUAAGCGAAAAUUCAAGAUCGAAUGUUUACUAGUCACUUUUGUCACUUUUUUUUAUUUUAUGUUUACUAUGUUUCUGCAUGUGGUGCAAGAUGUGUUGGCAUUGUAAAGAGUCCCUCUAUUGCUCUCUCCUUAACUCUGAAGAUAAAAGAACAACGA